AUGGAGCACGUAAGCAAAAGCGUCACCCUCGUCGAGCUCAAACGCUCUCUCGUGCCCCCGAAGUGGGAGGAUACCGUGCGUGUCAUUGGCAUGUCGGAGUGCAAGGAGGCCGGCCUCUCGCUGGCCCAUGCCUUUGCUGCUGAUGAUCUUAGCCAGUACCUCCUCGACGCCCACGACAUGGCCGGAUACUCCCCCGAGCACAAGUGGAAGCUGCACGUCGACAUCAUGACUUACAUCACAGCCUCCCACUGCUACGACGGCCUCGUCACCACCAUCGGCCCCGAUCACGAUGGUGUUGCUCUCUGGAUGCCUCCCGGAACGGACGACGGCUGGCUGACCAUCUUCCGCAGUGGUAUGUGGCGGCUCUACUACCAAUUCACCGCGGAGGGCAGACGCCGCUACUACGACGAGCUGAUGCCCCUUUUGCACACCACCAAGCACGAGGUCAUGGGCGACCGCGACAACGACUGCUACUACCUCGUCUACCUGGGGACCAAGCCCAGCGCCCGGGGAAAAGGGUACGCGCGGAAGCUGCUCAACGACAUGAUCGAGAGGGCCGAUGCGGAAAACCGCGCCGUGUACCUCGAGUCGAGCUCCCUCGCCAACAACGCCUACUACCGCAAGUUCGGCUUCGAGUACAAACGUGAGAUCCAGCUGACCAGUGGAAACACCCCCGUCAGCCUGUUCGUCAUGGUCCGCGAGCCGGUCCAGCGCAAGGCUGGCGCGGGCGUGGGCACGUACUCGGCCGUUGUGUCGAGCAACAUCAAGCUGCAAGUCAACGUCGCCAUGAAGGAGGUGGUGCGGGCGUAA